CGCGCGCGGGGCUCCCGGCGGCGACGACGACGACUACAACGACGCGGAGAGCGGACGGAGGCGGCGCCUGAAGCAGUGGCGGAGCCCAUGCCCCGGGACGGCGGGCGGGCCCGGAGAGACAAGUCCGGGGCCCGGGGCAUGUCCCCGGGGCCCCCGUGAGGAGGUGGCGGCGGCGGCGGCGAUGGAGAUCCCGCCGCAGGAGGCGCCGCCCGGGCCGGGCGCGGACGGCGACGCCGAAGAGGCCCCCACCGAGGCCGGGUCCUCCAGCCCCGCAUCGCCCCCCGCCGACGGGCGCCUCAAGGCUGCAGCCAAGCGCGUUACAUUCCCCUCCGACGAGGAUAUCGUGUCCGGAGCAGUGGAGCCCAAAGACCCCUGGAGACACGCCCAGAACGUGACUGUGGACGAGGUUAUCGGCGCCUACAAGCAGGCUUGCCAGAAGCUGAACUGCAGGCAGAUCCCCAAGCUCCUCAGGCAGCUCCAGGAGUUCACGGACCUCGGGCGCCGCAUCGACUGUCUGGACCUGAAAGGUGAGAAGCUCGACUACAAGACCUGCGAGGCCCUGGAAGAGGUCUUCAAGAGGCUGCAGUUCAAGGUCGUGGACCUGGAGCAGACGAACCUGGACGAAGAUGGUGCCUCAGCCCUCUUCGACAUGAUCGAGUACUACGAGUCGGCCACCCACCUCAACAUCUCCUUCAACAAGCACAUUGGCACCCGGGGCUGGCAGGCCGCCGCCCACAUGAUGCGCAAGACGAGCUGCCUGCAGUACCUGGACGCCCGCAACACGCCCCUGCUGGACCACUCGGCACCCUUCGUGGCCCGAGCGCUGCGCAUCCGCAGCAGCCUGGCGGUGCUGCACCUGGAGAACGCGAGCCUGUCGGGCCGGCCCCUCAUGCUGCUCGCCACGGCCCUGAAGAUGAACAUGAACCUGCGGGAGCUGUACUUGGCCGACAACAAGCUCAACGGCCUGCAGGACUCGGCCCAGCUGGGCAACCUGCUCAAGUUCAACUGCUCCCUGCAGAUCCUGGACCUCCGUAACAACCACGUGCUGGACUCAGGGCUGGCCUACAUCUGCGAGGGCCUGAAGGAGCAGAGGAAGGGGCUGGUGACCCUGGUGCUGUGGAACAACCAGCUCACGCACACGGGCAUGGCCUUCCUGGGCAUGACGCUGCCGCACACACAGAGCCUGGAGACGCUGAACCUGGGCUACAACCCCAUCGGGAACGAGGGCGUGCGCAACCUCAAGAACGGGCUCAUCGGCAACCGCAGCGUGCUGCGCCUCGGCCUGGCCUCCACCAAGCUCACGUGCGAGGGCGCGGUGGCGGUGGCGGAGUUCAUCGCCGAGAGCCCCCGCCUCCUGAGACUGGACCUUCGGGAGAACGAGAUCAAGACGGGCGGGCUCAUGGCACUGUCGUUGGCCCUCAAGGUGAACCACUCCCUGCUGCGCCUGGACAUUGACCGCGAGCCCAAGAAGGAGGCGGUGAAGAGCUUCAUCGAGACGCAGAAGGCGCUGCUGGCCGAGAUCCAGAACGGCUGCAAGCGCAACUUCGUGCUGGCGCGGGAGCGCGAGGAGAAGGAGCAGCGGCUGCAGCUGUCGGCCUCCAUGCCCGAGAUCACUGUCACCGAGCCCCCGCCUGACGAGGAGCCCGGGCACUCCGAGCCCACCGACGAGCCCGCUGCCGGGGCACAGAACGGGGCCCCGAGCCCUGGCCCCGGCCCGGACUCAGACUCAGACUCAGACUCUGACGGGGAGGACGAGGAGGAAGAGGACGGGCAGAGGGAUGAGGCCGAUGGCGACCAGAGUCCCUCGGCCCCCUGCCCUGCCCUGGUGCCCCCCACGGACUCCCUGGGCCCUGGGGACAGGAGCCCCCCAGGCAGCCCCUCCUCCCCUACUGAGCAGCGCAUUUCUGUGUCCAGCCCAGGCCGGGGCCACAAGGUGUUUGUGGUGACCCGGGUGGAGAGUCCACCUGAGAGGGCAGACCCGCCCGUGUCUCCCACUCCUCCCUCCCCACCUGCCUUGACCUCCCCACCUGCCUCACCUGCCUUGCCAUCAGCUGGGGCCAGUGGCACCCAGGACCCAGGGUCAUCUGAGCCUCAGCCACAGCCGGAGCCGCCUCAGUCGGGGCCACCGCUGCCCAACGGCCUGAAGCCCGAGUUUGCCCUCGCACUGCCCCCAGAGCCGCCCCCGGGCCCCGAGGCCAAGGGGGGCAGCUGCAGCCUGGAACACGAACUGAGCUGCUCCAAGAACGAGAAGGAGCUCGAGGAGCUGCUUCUGGAAGCCAGUCAGGAAUCCGGGCAGGAGACACUGUGACACUUUAGUUCCUUUUUCCCGAUUGGUCUUCGAUGAGCUGAGGCCAGAGCCAUGAGAGUCUGCUCGCCCUCACCCCCAGCCUUCCCGAGCCCCAGGACGCCAGGGGUGGGGCCGCUCUUGGGACCCCCUCCCCCCACAGCAACACUACAAGGGUGCAGCAGCUACAGGGAGUGGCCCUCCCCACCCUGACCUAAGCACUUCUAUUUAUGUGUUCUCGGCUCGAAGACUGGGCUGGGGGUGGAGAGGAGGAGCAGGAGGAGGAGGUCUCCAAGGACAUCAGGCCACCAGGCCACGGGACCAGGCUCCUGUUCUGGAGGGGCCUGGCCAGCCAGGCCUGCCCUGUCGCGGGCAGGAGUCCUGGGUGGCGGGAUGGUCCCCAGUCAUCCUGGGCACAGGACCAGACAGGAAACGUGGCGUGGGAGGGGCGGUGAGUGAUGGUGGUGGUUGACGUUGGUAGAACAGCCCCAGACUGGGUGAGGGCUGGGGCGGGGCGGGGGGAUGGGGGCAGAGGAUCAGAGCUUUCCUUUUCUUAAGUGCAAUAAAUCUAUCAGGGAGCUGGGGCGGGCAGCAGCCAGGGUUCCGGGGACCCUGCUGCCCAGGCCACUUGAGGCUGCGCCCUGAGAGGCACUACAACCCGAGGGUGGG